GUCUUCUCUCUUUUCCUCUUUUCUCUCUUAUAUCAAAACCAAUAUAUAUCGAUGCGUAUUUACAUAAUAUAUUUUGUUUUAUUACUACCUAUUGUCUGGACAGUGGAUGCCCAUGGGCAAUACAUCAAACGAGCUGAAGAAACAGGUGGUGUACAGCCAUCUUUACCACAGCCAACAGAUGCUAACACUAAUCCACAACAACCACAACAGCCACAGCAACAGCCACAACAACCACAACCAACACCAACAGCUACGGCUGUUGUAACCGCCCAGACAAAUUCUGGAGGACCACCAGUUGGAAACAGUAUGCCCCAGCAGCAACAACCAGGAGGUGGACCAAUGAACACCGCUGUUUCCCCACCUAGUAACGGCACACAUGCGAAUGCAACACAAUCUGUUCCACCUAAUAACGCCAAUCCAUUUGUUGGAAAGCCAACAUAUGCGUCUUUCUCUAAUGAUAUCCCACCUGCUUAUUUAACUUGGAAAAAGCCUAUCCCUAAUCAAACUUUCCCACCGCUUUAUAAAAUUGGCGUAUCUAAUAUUACUUUUGAAUGGACAGUUGAUCCCAAUGUGCUCAAAGUGCAGCCAGCCAAUUUAACAGUUGCAUUAGCUAAUCCUCAAAAACAAACGUUUACUGCAACAAUCGUACCAGGUACAGCUACUUCAGCUAAUUGGGACCUGGCCCAUCUCCAACCUGGUUCUCCUUUGAUGGUAGGAUAUUACACAGUGUGGGUAUACGAUCAGAGAGGUCCCAAGGCUUUCCCUAGUCCUGGUUGGCUGAUGCCUGAUUCCCGAUUAGUCGUUGCCAUGUAUUCGACUGAAGCUUACGUAGGACGAACCGAUUCAAUGUUUUGUCCCACUUGCUAUUUAGGCGGAGGAUCUUCUUUCCGCGAAUCAUUUCUGCCCUUGUUGACCGCCGUAGGAAUAGCUGUUUUCACGUCUGCCGUUAUGAUUAUUUCAAUUCUCAACUAAAAAAAAAAAAGUUACAUAUAAUAAUUAAUAGAUGCAUUUUGUACACAAUCACCACUUUAUAAAUCGAACCCUUUUUCUUCACAUUUCGAAUAAAGUCGCGAAAUCCAGUAAAAAAAGCAUAUAUUUUUAGUUUAAAUAAAGCUAGUAUGAUUGGGAACUAAAAAUGCAAAGAGAAAACGUG